CAGUUUGAAAAUCUGUGAGAAAAUCUGGAAAGGUGUUUGUAUCAUUUUCAGAUAUUCAAGAUCAGAUUUGCUGUAGAAGAUAUAUAUAAAGAAGGGGGAAAUAUAUUUUCUGUCUGUAUACUACAGAACAAUAAUGAAUAGUCUGGAGAUGUUAAAAGAAAGAGAAAAGUUAUCAAGCCAAUGUGAUAUCUGUAAAAAGACAUUUUCUAAUAAGGGAAAUCUCACUGUUCACAAAUUCAUUCAUGCAGGGGGGGAAACAAUAUCAUUGUGAUAUCUGUGGUAAAUCAUUCACUCAGAAAUGUAGUCUCACUCAUCACAAAUACACUCAUACUGGAGAGAAACCAUAUCAGUGUGAUAUCUGUGGUAAAUCAUUCUCUCAAAGGACUGCCCUUUCUUAUCACAAAUUCGUUCAUACUGGAGAGAAACCAUAUCACUGUGAUAUUUGUGGUAAAUCAUUCUCUCAAAAGACUCCCCUUUCUUAUCAUAAAGUCGUUCAUACUGGAGAGAAACCAUAUCACUGUGAUAUCUGUGGUAAAUCAUUCUCUAAAAAAUAUAACCUUACUAAACACAAAUCCAUUCAUACAGGAGAGAAACCAUAUCACUGUGAUAUUUGCGGUAAAUCAUUCUGUCAUACGAGUAGCCUUGAUUCUCACAAACAUAUUCAUACAGGAGAGAAACCACAUCACUGUGAUAUUUGUGGUAAAUCAUUCUCUCAAAAAAGUCACCUUUCUUCUCACAAAUCAGUUCAUACAGGUGAGAAACCAUAUCGAUGCGAUAUCUGUGGUAAAUCAUUCUCUCAGAAAAGGUCCUUAAAUAGACACAAAUGCAUUAAUACAGGGGACAAACCAUAGCACUGUAGUAUCUGCAGUAAAUUAUUCCGUUUAAGAAAAUAUUUAAUUAAUUACAAGUCUGCUCAUACUGGAGAGAAACUAUGUGACUGUGAUGUCUGAGGUAAAUCAUUCUCUGUGGAACAAUAUUGAACUCAUCACAAAUACAUUCAUACAGGAGAGAAAUCAUAUCACUGUGACAUCUGGGACAAGUCAUUCUUUCAUAGAGAGAAAUAAUAAACUAAACACAAACAUAUUCAUACAGGAGAAGAUUCUUAUGACUGUGUAAUCUGUGCUAAAUCAUUCUCUCAAUAAUCUACCUUAACUAAACAUAUACUUAUUCAUAUUGAUCAAUAACAAUAUCAAUGAUAAAACAGAUGUCCUGCUGAAUAAAAUACAGCAAAUGUAUUACUUUUUACAAAAUAAAUUCAUUUUUCACAUUUUCCUCAUUUGCAUCAACUCACUAA